UCCGCCCAUACAGGCGGGGCGCAUGCGUGCGGCGGGCAGGAGCCCCCGGUAGAAAUGGCGGCGGAGCGAGCGCGAGCGGGACCGUGAGGAACAGCCGGGAAUUUACAAAUUGGAGAGACACUAAUGUCGAAAAUGACGUCUAAGGGCACCAGCACAUCCUACUCCAGGAGAAGUUAUCGGCUGGCCUCUGACACAGAAAAACCAAAGGUCACAGGUUUUGUGAAUGACAAACUCCUCAGCAACUACCUCCACCGUGCUUUUCCCAGCUCUGAGAACACACAGUUGUCUGCUUCGUCCAGGAAGCCGCUGAACUUUCAGAACCUGAGUGAACAUUUAGAUCGUCUACUCUCUGAGGGAUUGGACAAUGAAGCAGAAGACAAAGAUCAAAAUAUGGAUGGGCGCCUUGGACCAGCCACUGUGGUCCUGGAUCACACUAGUGGUUUUGAGGGGUUGCUGCUUGUGGAUGAUGAUUUACUUGGGGUUGUUGGUCACAGUAACUUCAGCUCAAUCAGAGCUACCUCGUGCGUGUAUAAAGGAAAAUGGAUGUAUGAAGUUCUGAUCUCAUCUCAGGGGUUGAUGCAGAUUGGUUGGUGCACCCUAAACUGCAGGUUUAAUCAAGAGGAGGGCGUUGGUGAUACGUCAGAUUCUUACGCCUAUGAUGGGAAUAGAGUACGCAAGUGGAAUGUCACCACAACUAAUUAUGGAAAAGCUUGGGCAGCCGGUGAUAUUGUCACAUGUGUGAUAGACCUGGACGAAGGGAAGAUUGCAUUCUCCUUAAAUGGGAUCUCCUUGGGAAAUGCAUUUCAAGACAUCAGAUUGGGUCCUGGAAUAGCCUACUUCCCAGCAAUCAGUCUAUCCUUCAAAGAAUCAGUGGCAUUCAACUUUGGGAGCCGGCCACUCCGAUACCCAGUAGAAGGCUAUCGCCCAAUGCAGGAUCCACCAGAGGCAGAUCUUGUGAAAGCCCACAGACUCCUGGGAUACCUAAAGAAUGUGAUCUCUGCCAGUAUGGACACCCAGGAAGGGAAACUGAUCGAGCAGGAUUCUGCACAAUGGCAAGCCCAGGGGGAGCCCACUGUGCUCAUUACACUUGCACAUAUCUUUGACCGCUUUGCACCCCUUAUGUGUAAAGUGUAUCUCGUGGAAGAUGUGUUGAUGACCUAUUUUCUGAGUAUACUGGAGGGAGGUGGGGCUGUUGAUGAACACCCACUAAUUCAACACCUACUGGACCUCAUGUGGCUCUUCAUGGAGGAUUAUGAAAUCCAGGAGUGUUUGAAACAGCUGAUGAUGUCACUGCUUCGUGCAUACAGAUUUUCUCCCAUCAUUCCCGAUUUAGGGUUACAGAUCCACUACUUGCGUCUGAGCAUAGCUAUUCUAAAGCACGAGAAAACCAGGAAAUAUCUGCUCAGCAACGUCCUAUUUGAUGUGCUGCGAUCUGUAGUGUUUUUUUUCAUUAAGACACCCCUGCGGGUGGAGGAGGCAGGCUUAGAGGAGCUUAUUCCCACCACUUGGUGGCCAACCAAGUUUGACAAGGAGGGCAAGGAGGUGAAGGAGGAAACUGCUGAGGAGAGGCUGAGACGUCGGGCCUAUGAACGUGGCUGCCAGCGAUUAAAGAAACGUAUUGAGGUUGUGGAAGAGCUACAGGUUCAGAUCCUGAAAUUAUUUCUCAACAACAAAGAUAAAGGAUCGGGCGAUGCAUCCAGAUACAUUUUCCUUAAUAAGUUCAGAAAGUUUUUACAGGAGAAUGCCAGUAAUCGAGGGAAUCCUGCAAUCCUUUGCCCUCCUGAGUAUAUGGUAUGCUUCCUGCACCGACUAAUUGCUGCUUUGCGAAGUUAUUGGGAUGAGUACAGACGGAGGAAUCCAUCAGCAAUGCCCAGUGAAGAUGCUUAUGUUCCCCCUCAGCUGUUUUUUAAUGGGAAGGUGGAUUACUUUGACCUGCAGAGGCUUGGUGGCCUUCUUUCCCAUCUGAAGAAAACCCUGAAAGAUGAUCUUGCAUCCAAAGCCAAUAUCAUCAUUGAUCCUGCAGAGAUCUCUGCCAUUUCAAUGGACGACUUGGAUGAGGAUGAUGAGAGUGUAACUCAACAGAGGCCGAGUGGUGCUGCUGCAGGGGCAGGAGGUCUCGCCAGGCCGAGCUGGUUAAGUUCACCGACGCUGGGGCGAGCCAAUAGGUUCCUAAGCACUGCAGCUGUGAGUUUGAUGAAUCCCCGUCGAUCCCUGACCACAGUGGAAAAGGUGAAGGUUCGUACUCUGAGUGUGGAGCAGAGAACAGAGGAGGACAUUGAAGGAAGCCAUGGAAAUGAUGGCCUGUUGUUAGGCCGUCCCCCUGAUGAACCAGAUCACCUGAUCACUGAGAAAUCUUUACUGGAAAUUCUGGAUGGUGCUAUCAUGAUGUACAACCUGAGUGUGCACCAACAGCUCGGCAAGAUGGUAGGUGUGUCAGAUGAUGUCCAUGAAUAUGCAGUGGCACUGAAGGACACUGAAGACAAGAUUGCAAGAUGUCCUGCAAAGAGGAAGGAUAUUCUGGAUGAAUUGACAAAGAGUCAGAAAGUUUUCUCAGCGAAGCUGAACCACCUGAGUCGCCGGUUAGCCUGGAUAAAUGCGACCAUCUACUCUAAGGAGAAGAUGCUAGACAUCUACUGGCUGCUUCAAGUGUGCAUACGUGUAAUUGAACAUAGUGACCGGACCAAGACACUGUUCGCUUUCAUGCCAGAGUUCUACAUGAACGUUGCUAUGAAUAGCUACAGCGCUUUGAAAAAUUACUUCAGUCCGGUCAACAGCAUGGAUGAACUACCUGAGUAUCAGGAGACGUUGAGUCAAUUGGCAGCUAUCCUCGCCAAGCACUUUGCUGAUCCUCGAAUUGUGGGAACUGAUAUUAAGGAUUCACUGAUGCAGGCUCUUGCCAGCUAUGUCUGCUACCCCCACUCCCUGCGCGCUGUUGAACGUAUCCCAGAGGAACAACGUGUGGCUAUGAUGAAGAAUCUUCUAGCUCCAUAUGAACAGCGGCCAUGGGCUCAGACCAACUGGAUCCUUGUGCGACUCUGGAGGGGAUGUGGAUUCGGAUACAGGUACACACGACUCCCUCACUUACUGAAAAGUAAACCAGAAGAUGCCAACAUGCCAAGCCUGCAGAAACCUUGUCCUUCUACUUUGCUGCAACAACAUAUGGCUGACUUGCUUCGCUCUGACUCCGAAAUGGCAGCCAGUUUCCUGAAUAGUGUCCUCAACCAGCUGAACUGGGCCUUCUCAGAGUUCAUCGGCAUGAUUCAGGAGAUCCAGCAGGCAGCCGAACGACCAGAGCGAAACUUUGUCGACAGUCGGCAGCUGAAAGUGUGUGCCACCUGCUUUGAUCUUUCUGUGAGCUUGCUAAGGGUCCUGGAGAUGACCAUCACUCUCGUCCCUGAGAUCUUCCUGAAUUGGUCCAGACCAUCCGCAGAACUGCUGCUGAGACGCCUCGCACAGCUGAUAAAUCAAGUAUUGAACCGAGUUACGGCUGAAAAGAACCUCUUUGACCGCGUUGUCAAUCUGCGCUUACCUGGUUUGGAAAGUGUGGAUCAUUACCCAAUCCUCGUAGCUGUAACGGGAAUUCUUGUCCGCAUUCUGGUUGACUCUGAUGUUCAGGGCAUUCAAAGAGCAACAGCCGUCCUCCUGGCUGACCCCUGCUUCCAGCUGAGGUCAAUACAGUAUCUGCUUGGAGAAAAUGAGCUCGCGGCCCUGGGAGCAGCACCCCCAUCAGCGGAAAAGAAGCAUUUCUCCCUCCAAGCAUACCCAGAUUAUAUCAGCUUGGAAGAGCUGGGGAAAGUUGAAAGUGUUCUCUCCCAUUUGACGCGGGAAUCCAAGCAGGCAGCAGCUACUGCACUGCCCACUAGUGAGGAAGACCUGUGCCCAAUCUGUUACGCUCACCCCAUCUCUGCCAUCUUCAGGCCAUGUUCACACAAAUCUUGCAAGGCCUGCAUCAACCAGCAUCUGAUGAACAACAAAGAUUGUUUCUUCUGCAAGGCCACGAUCACUGCAGUGGAUGAUUAUACAAAACCAUCCUCCUCCUCUUAGUUGUUACUGACCCUGUUUUCCAACACUAAGGAGAAAGGAUGCUGCUUCAGGGCGUCGGGGACUGCGUAAUGCAGGGAUCAGAAUGAUCAAUAUCCGAUGUUUACAAGAGGGAAUGACCCUUGGUGAUUCACUAAGUGGGUGAUAUGCUUGUUAGACUGCUAUUGUGUUUCAAAUAUUGAUCGCUUGUGACUGAGACUAACGUGUUCUGAAGGGCAAUUAACAGAUUGGAUUUCGCUCUAUCCCAUCAAACACUGACACAAACGUGUCUUAGCUAUGACUGCCACCCUGGGUCCUAACGCCUAUCCCCGAAUCAGCUCAUGAAUAAAGCAAUGGAAGAAGAAACAAAUAUUUAUGUGCCCUACUGUAGUUCAGUAUCAGCGAAAGAGACUGAUUGGGCUUUGGAAAUAAAGCAGUUAGUUGUCUCCUAACCUAUGAGGGAAUGUCCUUCUUGUCUACAAAUUAUUUCAAGUUCUUGAGAACUCCCUGGUUCCCUUUCACUUGCCGUUAAGGUUUUUGUUGGGAACUUUUAAGCACCAAGAGAAUUCAGAGUUAUGUUAAUUAGCUGAAUUGUUUGAUUUCCUGCUUUGUGUUAGAUUUUGUUUUAUCCUUGUGUUCUUACAUUCUUAAACCAGCCAGUCAGAAAACUAUGGGAGUAUUUCCUUCAAACUCAAAAGAUUCUGCAAAUCAUCCUGAGUUGUUGAGGAUCCUACGUAGGAAAUGUUGCUCUCCAAUUCUUGCCCAUCCCAUUACUUUUGUCAGGACUGGUUUUCACCAGUCGGCACGGGGCUGAAGUUUGCCCUUUAAGUUUAGCAUGCUUGACAUCAAAGACCUCUGGCUCAGGUAAUUAGCACCGACACUGCACAACUCACUGGAGUGUUAGUGUUAACAAACCUUACCUGUCAUUUUACCACUUCUCACCUGUAUCUCAGUCACAGCACUCAAACAGCCAACCCCCAGGAGGCCUCUGCAAUUCCUGUACACAAUUCUGACCAAAUCUCCUCACCUUCCAUCCUUUGCCAUGUUCUCAUCUAUUAAUUUACAGAAAUGUUUACCUCUCGAACUGGAAUUGCUGUUGAAUUAUUUGAAUCAGGGCCCCUUUACUUUCAAAAUCUGGUCAACUAAGAUAAUGAUUGCAUUUGGUCACAUUUUGAUAUUUGUUUACAGUGUGCAGUAUAACAGACAUAUUGCUAACAUCAUAGUGAGGUUUGCCAUCAAUCGGAUGGCACUAGGAGUUGCUUUCUCUGUCUAAGGAUUCUGUGUCUGCAAUGGGAUUAAGGUCAUGGACAUCUUAUGCCAAAAACAUCAGAAAGUAGUGAAGGCUUCUUGUUCAGUUUUUUUUAAUAUAAUUCUUUGAGACUCCAACUGUUCUGCACUGUAGUGUUGUGAAAUAUGUGUGAGUGACUAAGAUUUGGUUUACUUAAACUGGUAACUUCUGAACAUAAAAAUGAACAAUUUAUGAGAGAAAAUAAGCACACUUGGGUGAGAAACUUGACCACAUUGAGCGCUCAGACAAUAAAGAGACACUGUAACUCCCCACGAAAGUUGUGCAUCUUUAACUGAGGCCAAUUUCUCCUGUUUUUGCAACCAACCAGAGGUACAAACAGACAAUGUGACAAUGAAGAGUAACUGCUGACUCUCAAUUAUAAUGCUCUCUCCCACUUCACUAAUCAAUCCCAACAAGAGACGACCCCCAUUCAUAUAAUGGACUGGCAGCAAAUACUCUCCCAAAGUCACCAGCAUUUGGUCAGCCCAGAACAUGCACUUUACCAGCACCAACCUGGCUACGGACUCAGACCAAUGUGUACCUUUCAUCACAAUGGCUCAAAUAUCGCAGGCCAGUCUGUGAUGCAGCUUCACACUGCAAGUGUCUUAAAGAUACUUUGUUGAUGGUCCUCUUGCUCUGUCACAAGUUGGGAACUAUAGUUCUAUUGGGACUAAACGGAGUAGAGGAGUGUGGUUAGUUGAACAGCUGACUUGUUACCUAUUAAAAUCCAGCAGAACCAGGGGGUUAACUGUAGUCGUGCAUGCAGUAUUGUCUACAUUAUCAUUACAUAAACACUUUCAAAUAAUUUGCAGGUUUUAGGAAGAGGUUGAAUGUUGUGACAAGUGUGUGGUUCCAGUAUAAACACAUAUGGUGUUAACACAUUGUGAACUUUUCAAACCUACCCAAAAACCCUUCCUUAAUGGUUCAGCGUUUCGUUCAUUUUUACAGAAGAAUCAUCCACAACCAGUUGUUUUGAGUGUGAUUAUACACAGUGGGUAGGAUAUUAGAACCCAGUUCUAUUGAUGUUAUUUGUAUUACAGUGAGGAAAGGUCUACAGUGAUGAGACUAGCUCCACCUCACUAAAACUGUGUGCAGUGUGAGAAUCCAAUGAUUCCUGCUUUUUGUACUUGUACUGGGAAUCCCUUUUGUUGGAGAUGUGGAGUGAAUGAAGCUGCUGCUUGUGAUGAAUUCUUGAAGGAGUUGUAAGUGCAGAGCUGAGCAUUAAAAUGAUUUAUGCAUCUGUC